AUGUCCUUGAAGAUUCAGACAAGCAAUGUAACCAACAAGAAUGACCCUAAAUCCAUCAACUCUCGGGUUUUCAUCGGCAACCUCAACACAGCUGUGGUGAAGAAGUCAGAUGUGGAGACCAUCUUCUCCAAGUAUGGCCGUGUGGCUGGCUGCUCCGUGCACAAGGGUUAUGCCUUUGUCCAGUAUGCCAAUGAGCGCCAUGCCCGGGCAGCUGUGCUGGGAGAGAAUGGGCGAGUCCUGGCAGGGCAGACCUUGGACAUCAACAUGGCUGGAGAGCCCAAGCCCAACAGACCUAAGGGGCUAAAGAGAGCAGCAUCUGCCAUAUACAGUGGCUACAGCUUUGACUGUGAUUACUACCGGGACGACUUCUAUGACAGGCUCUUCGACUAUCGGGGCCGCCUAUCUCCAGUGCCAGUGCCCAGGGCGGUCCCUGUGAAGCGACCCCGGGUCACAGUCCCCUUGGUCCGGCGUGUUAAAACCACCAUACCUGUCAAGCUCUUUGCCCGCUCCACAACCAUCACCAGCGGCUCAGCCAAGAUCAAGUUAAAGAGCAGUGAGCUGCAGACCAUCAAGACAGAGCUGACGCAGAUCAAGUCCAACAUCGAUGCCCUGCUGGGCCGCUUGGAGCAGAUCGCUGAGGAACAAAAGGCCAACCCAGAUGGGAAGAAGAAGGGUGACAGCGGCAGCGGUGGUGGCAGUGGUAGUGGCGGUGGCGGCAGCAGCAGUAAUAGCCGGCCCCCAGCCCCGCAAGAGGACACGGUUUCUGAGGCAGGCACACCCCAGGGAGAAGCGCAGGCUCGAGACGAUGGUGAUGAGGAGGGUCUACUGACACACAGCGAGGAAGAGCUGGAGCACAGCCAGGACACAGAUGUGGAGGAUGGGGCCUUGCAGUAA